CCCCUACACUCAUCUCCGGCGCUCCUGCGGGCGAGCAGCGGUGUACCGGUGGUGUAAAUAGUGCUGUUGGAGGAAGGAGGAUGGAGAAGCCGCAGUAAAUGCGGCUCAUGAUGCCGAAACGAUCCUCCUCCGUUAUUCAGACUAGAGAGAGAGAGAGAGAGAGAGAGAGAGAGACGCUGCAUUUAGGCAUAACGGGGAUGUGAUGCAUUAGUCCUCUCCUCCCUCCAUCUCCUCCUCCUUUGCUUCUCCACUGCGAGGAGACUAAAGAUGCGCACACCACCUUGAAGCGACCUCGUUUGUACGCGAUUGACGAUUUGUGCUCAUGAGCUUGCUCGGAGGCUACAAAAAGAGGAGCGGUUAUGAUGGUUAUGAAUCUUUGCAGUUGGUCGAUAGCGGAGGAGGCGGCGGAGACUUCAGCAGCAGCGGCGGCGGCGGCGGAGGAGGAGGAGGAGGAGGAUUGGCGGCAGUGACCCUCGGCUCCAAGGCGCGACCGGACCACUGCAGCAUCAUGGACGGCUCAGAUAUGGAUGGAAACUAUGGGGGUGGACUGCUGGACAUGGUUAAAGGAGGUGCUGGAAAGUUCUUCAGCAACUUCAAGGACAACCUGAAGGACACCAUCAAGGACACGUCCACGAAGGUUAUGAAUCAAGUGGCUACCUACACCAAAGGAGAGCUGGACAUCGCCUACAUCACCUCCCGUAUCAUAGUGAUGUCAUAUCCUGCGGAGGCUGUGGAGUUGGGCUACAGGAACCAUGUGGAGGAUAUCCGCUCUUUCCUGGACUCGCGUCAUGCAGAUCAUUACACGGUUUUCAAUCUGUCCCAGAGAAACUAUCGUGGAGCCAAGUUCUCCAACAGGGUGUCUGAAUGCAGUUGGCCAGGCAGACAAGCCCCAAGCCUUCACAACCUGUUCGCUGUGUGUAAGAACAUGCACAACUGGCUCAAGCAGAACCCCAAGAACGUGUGUGUGAUCACCUGCUCGGAUGGCAGAGGUCCUUCUGGUGUGCUGGUCUGUGCCAUGUUCUGCUUCUGCCACCUUUUCACUAACCCGGUACCUGCCAUGCAACUGCUCAGCGCCAAGAGACCUGGACAAGGGCUGUGGCCCUCACACAGGAGGUACGUAGGCUACGUAUGUAGCAUGGUUUCCGAGAAGCCCACAUUGCCCCACUCUAAACCUCUAGUAAUCAAAGCUGUCACGAUGAACCCCAUUCCCUGCUUCAACAAACAGCGCAGUGGCUGUCGACCUUUUUGCGACGUCCUGAUCGGCGAGACCAAGAUCUUCUCCACAGCACAGGAGUAUGAGAGGAUGAGGGAGUACAGGGUGCACGAGGGGAAGGUGGUCUUCAACCUGGGAGUGAGCGUCCAAGGCGAUGUGGUGAUCUCAGCCUACCACAUGCGCUCUCAUGCACUACAAGCCAAGGUGACCAACACGCAGAUAUUCCAGAUUCAGUUCCAUACAGGCUUCAUAGCCCCCGGCACAACGGUCUUAAAGUUUAUGAAGUCAGAGCUGGACGCAUGUGAUUCUCCAGACAAGUAUCCUCAGCUGUUCCAAGUGCUGCUGGAGAUUGAGGUGGAGAACACAGAGAAGCAGAAAGAUCUCACACCACCUUGGGAACAGUUCCCCACCAAAGACCUGAGCCCAAACGUGCUGUUCUCCAGCCACCAGGAACACAAGGAUGCUCUUGCUGUUACAGAUCCAGCGCAGACUCAAGGGGCCCAGGGAGGCCGUGUGGGCCCAAAUGAGGAGAGUGAGCCCUCAGAUGACGACAUGCUCUCGCUCUCCAGCCAGCAGAGCAGUGGCAGUGGCGAGAAAGCCAAAGGGGCCAGUAAAGUCGAGGCUCCACCCGCUGCUGCUCCUCCACCUGCUGAGGACGUUGACCUCCUGGGCCUGGAUGGAGCUGACAUUCAGCCUCCCCCAACUUCCCCACAGCCUCCUACCACCACAAACACUACCACCGACCUGCUGGGCGAUCUGUUUGGAGCUUCAGGCUCUCAGUUAUCCAGUGGCCCUGCUUCUGCCCAGUCUACUCCUAAAAGGACGGCCUCUUCGACCUCACCUUGCCCCUCACCUAGACCUACAGACACUUUUGACCCAUUCGGGUCAGCUCCAUCUGCUGCAAAACCUCAAGACUUUAUGGGGGCCUUCCUGGGACCAGGUAAUGUGAGACAGCCAGAGCCCUUUCUGCAUGCUGCACGCUCUCCAUCUCCCACUAUGCAGAGCAUGGGCUUGGGCCGCAGCUCGCCCGUGCCCCCCGCUACACCCACUGUAAACAUCCAGCAGCAGAGCACUAUGGGAGGAGGAUGGGAUUGGAACAGAACAGCUCCACCUGGUGGUGGUUUUAACGUAGGCAGUAAAUCAGCUGGUACGAGUCCUACUGGCUCUGUACACAACACUCCUACUCACCAGGCCAAGCCAAACACCCUGGACCCUUUCGCUGACAUCGGCAACCUGGGAGCCAGUCUGGGAGGUGGAUCAGGAUUCUCCAGUAAGCCUACUACGCCAACUGGAACAGGGGGAGGAUUUCCACCCAUGAGUUCCCCCCAGAGACCCACUGCCUCUCCCCAACACACCACAGCAGGCUGGCAGUCCAGCACGAAUUUCCCCUCAUGGCAGCACGGAGGUGCAGGUCAGUGGCAGCCACAGGCUCAGGCCAAAGCCCCAGGACCAUCCAUGGCGCACAGCUCUCCUCAAAACAGGCCCAACUACAACGUCAGCUUCUCUGGCAUGGGUGGAGCUGUGCCAGCGGGAAAAGUACCACCCAACAUAGGUACCAAACCGAAGGCUACUGAUGCUAAUUUUGAUGACCUGCUAUCAGGACAAGGCUUUAUUGGCGGAAAGGAAAAGAAGGGCCCAAAGACUAUAGCAGAGAUGAGAAAAGAAGAGAUGGCAAAAGAGAUGGAUCCAGAAAAGCUCAAGAUCCUGGACUGGAUCGAGGGGAAGGAGCGCAAUAUCCGUGCUCUACUUUCCACAAUGCACACAGUGCUGUGGGAAGGAGAGAGCCGCUGGAAACCUGUGGGCAUGGCUGACCUUGUCACACCUGAACAGGUGAAGAAGAUCUACCGCAAGGCUGUGCUGGUCGUCCACCCAGACAAGGCCACUGGACAGCCCUAUGAACAAUAUGCCAAGAUGAUUUUUAUGGAACUAAACGAUGCGUGGUCAGAGUUUGAAAGCCAAGGACAAAAAGCUCUUUACUGAGACUUGCUGCACAGAGCGACCGCAGAAAAAACCCACCCUGCUGCUGUUUACACACAACUGCUCAACCACUCCUCCUCAGAACAGCAUGAGACAACGUCCACGUUCAUCAGAACCCCCUUCGCUGUUCUCCUCCGUCUCCUACAUCCUGCUCUGUACACUGCACACACUAGAGCAUCGGCCUGCAUAGUGUGACUGUGUGCAACGACUUUGUAACUGGUCUCAUAAAUCAGCUGAUGAGCGAGCUACUACGUGAACUUAGACAUUAGUCAUGUGUUCUCCCCAGAGCUAGAACUCACGUAUUUUUCUUUUCAUUAAAUACAGUAUUUCUUCUGUUUGUUUUUUUUUUUUGUAGUAAGCUAGAUCAACACCUAAACAUCUUGCCUCACAUUAAACCGAUCUUAAUUACAUAUAGUGGUGUAAGUGGUGUAGACCAUGUGCAGGUCGGUGACGACACUGAAGCGUGGCCUUAUUGUUACUUAGCACUGAGAGAUAAGAUUAGCAUGAGAAAACAGUUUCAGCAUACAGUAAAAAAAAAAAAAUUUGCUCUUCUACACAUCUACACUGUGUGAAGUGAUAUAAGGCUGUCGGAGUUCAAGCGCCGGCAUGAAAGCACAGAAAUAACGAUCGACUAGAGAAGUUUUGUACAUGCAGCUAGAUAUAUUGAUUAUAUUUAACAGAAUCUGUGAGACGCAAAUGCCUAGGAGUUAACGUUUUCCACUGACUACUGAUGUAUCUGUGUGUAUGAAAUGUGCUGCACUGUAUUUUAUGUUGUAUUGUUUACAAAAAUAGUCUUAAGACAAAUGGAUUACUCGCAGCAUAGAGAGUCCAAAACAACAAAACACAAGUAGCUACUAAUAA